ACAAGCAGCCAGCGCUUCCUUUGUGCUUGAACGGAUCUGAACAGCGUCCCUUCGCCAGUCGCCAUGAACAAGUUCGCUUUCCUCGCUUUUCUCUUGAUGGCGACCCUCCUGCUGGUGUCUCCUCCCGCCGAGGCGCGCACCGCCGUCCUCUCGAGGCUAGAGAGGUCAGCUUGUUCGGCGGCGGCUGCGGCUGCGGCGGCCGCGGCGGCCUCGGGAGGAUCAGCAGCGGCUGCGGCUGCGGCAGCCGCUGCCGCAACAUGUGGAGGAUCCUCGUCGGCUUCGUCUGCGUCAUCGGCGUCGUCGUCGUCGCGUUGAAAGAUGUGAAGGAGGAGAAGGACGACUGAGCAACAACAUGAUAACCAAGAACUAGUGAAACCAACACUGAUAACAAAGAUCAACAAAAGAAGAAAAGAAAAAUCUAAAAGUUGUAUUCAUUCUAUUUCGGUUUGAAUAAAUGAGCGGCCAUGA